CUAGGUAAGCAUCCCCCCCCCUCCAGUUCCGCCUCUCGGGAGGCGCGCCUUACAGCCGUUUUGGAUCAGGGGCGCACGGAUGCCCGCAUUCCCUUUGGAUGCCCACUCUCCGGGGGCUGCUCUACCGAACAACAGCGUUUUCGAUGUCUCGGCUUCUCUUUGCCUGCCUUGCGAGCGCUUCGGCUCUGCAGGACCGCCCUCUGGCGCGAGCGGGCGGGGGGCCUCCGCCACCAAUGGGGGGGGAUCCGGCGCGUGUUCUGUUGUUCGGCUGCUCGUUGGACAGGAACGCAAUCGCGUAUUUCUGCGGGCAGAAGAUGCAGAGCACAGAAUUCUUGCACGGCCGCUGGUGCUAUGACACAACCCUGAACGUUAGGAUAGGUUCCCUGUUCCAUCCAGGCGUGGGAUACAACGGCGACCUCCAGAAGCCCUUCCACAAACCGUUCAGGAAACAAUCGCGACAAGUGACGACCCGCGACAUGCUGGAACACUACGUGAACCGGACGGCGAGGGACAUGCUCCACGGAAGCCCCGACCUGGUGGUGGUAGACAGCUCCCUGUGGGACCUGGCCGCGUGGAGGGAGCGGGUGCCGUGCGAAGGCAUGGCCCGGCCGUGCGGCACCAGCGCGUGCAGCCAGCGCUGCGGCGAGAGCGCGUGCACCUGCAGCGGCAGGGAGGUGUCGAGCGAGCGCGUGGAGCGGUGGUGCAGGCACGACCUGCCUGGCCUGCUGGAGCUCGUGCAGGGCACGUUCCCGACCAGCCGCAUCGCCUUCCGGACUGCCCCGACGGUGAUCGACGGGAAGGUGCAAGGCCACGAGAAGUUUACUUCGCGGGAUGUUGAGAUGCUAUACGACUGCGUCACCUCGUCCACGACGGAGGAGAGGCUGUUCGGCAAGUACGAGGUCGUCGACUACCAUGCGAUCGUGAAGAAGCUGGCCAAUGACAACGUGCCCGGCUUGUUCAAGUAUGACGGUUACCACCCGAGUUGGUAUCCCUCCAUGCUCUACAUCAAUGAGGUCCUCCGUCGUGUCGGUGCGUCCCCGCGGGACCCGGAUGCCCAUGACGCCCACCCCGACGUCGCAAGCAAUGCCCGCAUCGCUGCACAUGGGCACGACGACUCCGCCACCGCCGACGACGCCUUCGGCGACGACAACGACGACAUCUGAGUCCAGGAUAUUGCAGGAAUUUGGGAAUUUGUUUCGGCUGACCGAGCUUUUGCCACUUUUGUCUUCUGUCACACAUGGUGCUCCUCCUCUCUCAUAAGCCCCCGCCUCCCACGUCAUAUGUUUCCCUCCUCAUCUGUACUCCGCAUCCCUCCUUUUCCUCAUUCUCUCGCCAUUGGUGCCCGAGCACUGGCAGGGCCGCGAGCGAGCAUCACUUCGGCCAAAAAUGCGAGCAUAGGAUGCUCGCGCACGGCGCCGAUUGUUUGGGUGGCCGCUCCGAGCACGGGCAUGGCCGCCAGCGAGCAUCGUGGCCUGCUCAUGUCUACUCAGCGAAAGCUCGCCUGCGGCGUGUUUUC